GGAAGCGGCGGGCGGAAGCGGCGGGCGGCGGCUUCCGGCGGCCGCCAUGUCGGAGCGGCGGCGGCUGCUGCGGCUGCUCGGCCUCCAUGGCUACCGGCAAAACGAACGCCGCUUCCGCGAGCGCACCGGGGCGCUGCGCAAGGCGCUGCGCGGCCGCGUCGAGCUGGUGGCGCUGAGCGCGCCGCACCCCGUGCCCGGCGGCGACGGCGACAGCGACGACGACCCCCGCGGCUGGUGGUUCUCUGGACCCGGCACUUUCGAGGCGCAGGAGGAGGCGGCGGCGCCGGCGGGGCUGGAGGAGUCGCUGGCGGCCGUGGCGGCGGCGCUGGCAGAGCGCGGGCCCUUCGACGGGCUGCUGGGCUUCAGCCAGGGUGCGGCACUGGCCGCCAUGGUGUGCGCGCUGCAGGCCCGCGGCGACCCCCGCUUCCCCGUCGCCUUCGCCGUCCUGGUGGCUGGUUUCGCCAGCUGCGCCCCGGCCCACAGCCACUUCUACCAGCAGCCCAUUGCCCUGCCCACGCUGCACGUCGUGGGCGAUGCCGAUGCCGUCAUCACCCCACGCCUCAGCUACGAGCUCGCCCAGCAUUUCGUGGAGCCUGUUGUCCUCACGCACCCUGGCGGGCACUUUGUCCCGGCUGCGGCGCCGCAGAAGAAGGCCUACCUGGACUUCCUGGACCGCUUCUGCCCUGCACAAGGACAGGCGGACCUGCCGCAGGCUAGUGCCGUUUGUUAAUGGUAUCUGUAAUAAACGAGGCUCCGGUGA